AUGCGCCGACCCCGGUCUUCGGCCACCGCGGUGUAUAAGCUGUGCCAGCUCAUGCUCGAUCCACAGCGUGCAGCGCGAGCCGCCGAGCCAGGGCCACCGACCGCAAGCACCCCGGCCGAUAGGGCGCAGCGCGACGGCGAGCGCGUCACGCUUUCGGCAAUGCUCGAGCAGGUCGAGGCGAAUCGAAGGCAAAUAGAGGCGCUCGAUGCGACCAGGCGGAGGGAGCAAGCGGCCGCGGCUACCCCCGGCAGUGCCGCCGCCGCCCCCUCCUGCGCCGUCUCGUCUUCUCUCGGCGCACCCGCGUACGAUCCGCAGCGCUUGAGGGAGUCACGCCUGGUCGUGUUACGUAUAUGGGCAGAGUCGCUCGCCCAAUGGAUCGACCACCGCUUCGGAUCCUCUCAGAUGGCGUGCGUGAGCGCUUACAGGUAG